AUGUCGAAAGCACCGCCGCCCCACGAAGUCGGCACGGACUCCGACCCCACCACAUCCACGCCGCUACUUGAUGAGGCUGAGGUCCCCCCGCGGCUUAGACUCCUCAACCCCUGGGCGAGCUGGACAAAGGACAACUCCAAGCCUAAGCUCGUGCUCCUCCUCUUCGGUACCUAUGUCCUCGUCAUCUGGAGCGCGGGUAAGGCCGACGAGGGCAACGCGUCCACCCCGCUGCUGGUCAGCGACCCCGAGGUCCCGCCUCCGCGCCACCCCCUCAACCCGUUCGCCACGUGGACAAAGCACAACGCCAAGGCCAAGGCCAUUCUACUCAUAGGCGGCAACUUUGUGUGCUUCUGGGGCGCGGUGCAGGUCGACUUGGGGCAGUAUCUCUUCGCCGCGAUCGGCUUGGUUCUUGGCGGUCUCCUCGUCGGCGCCGGUCUGUACGCCCGCAUCCCCUUGAACCACGUUACCCCCGAGGAGAACGAAGCAUAG